AUGAAGAUCUCUAAUCGACCAAAAGUUGAUUUAGGAGGAAUCAGAAGUCAAUUCGACAAAUUUAAAUCCCUAGAGAUAUUGGAGAAAGCCAAGACGAAUCUUCCCCCUUCCAUUACGACUCGCAAACCGUCGGGUGACGGAAUGGAAUAUGUGACCUCACCUAAUCCUUUAAUACACAAGGAGGAUGAGACGUUUUCAAGUUUACUGAAUUACGAAGAAUCUAUUUUCGAAGUUGAGGCUACCAUCCCUCCUUCGUUACCCCUCAGAGCUUGUGCAAUUAUGUUACCCUCGAAAGCCAUUCGAUACUCGUGCAAUCUUGUCUUUCUUUCGUUUUGGAACAAUAACCAAGAGUUUAUCGGGAUAAUUGAUUCCGGUGCUCAGAUCAACCUAAUAUCCAAGGCUUUGUCUGCGAAGAUGAACUAUAAGUUAACACCAAGCCCCUAUACUCGAUUCCAAGGAGUGAAUGGAACAACUACACUUGUGCUUUUCUGGAUCCAAGCAUUCUUAGUAUUGGGAAAUGGAUCUCAGAUACCUACUACCUUUGCAGUGGUUGAAAACAUUUCUUCUACACUACUGAUUUUAGGAUUACCUUUUCUGGUAGAGCCAGCAGCCACCUGUAAUUUCAAGCGUCUAUCAUUCACGAACUAUAAUGGAGUAAUACGUCUAAUCCAGGGACCAUCCAAAAUUUCAGUUCGUACAAUUCAAAAGCUUGCGUUAUGUUCCGAAGAGGAUCAAACCGUAUCGAAUGUUCUUCAACAUGUCCUCGAUAUUUCAGCCCGAGGAGCAAUGACCCAAUUAUUGCUCAAAUAUACUGAUCUAUGGAAGAAUAAGAAGAGAGGUGUCGUGGCUACCAUUAAGCAUGAGAUCCUCUUAACUACAACUGACAGAAGUAAACAAAAUGCUUACAGAUGA